AUGAAGUUUUCACCUCUCAUUUGGGCGACGCCAGCUCUCGCAGCUGUUCUUCCGCAUGUUCCGACCGCUGGGGAGCUGCUCGAGGCUGUUGACCAGGUCCUCUUCCCUGCAGACCACGACAGUUCGAUCUUUUCGAUAACCGAGGGGUUCAACGAACUGCUCGGCGGAUGGGGUGGCAUCUGCAGCCUCGUUGCGACUCCAGAGGGACAAGAUGACACGGAUAACAUUGAAAGGCUGUUCCAGAGGUGCGGCAAGAACAGUAUUGUGACGCUUCCCAGCGAGAGAUACAACAUUACGCGGCCUCUGACCCUUCACCUUGAGAACAUGUAUGUGUCUAUCAAGGGCUGGCUGAGCUUCUCGUCCGACAACAUCGACUCGUGGAUCGAGAAAUCCUACGUCUUCCCCUUCCAAGACCAGCGCCUCGCGUUCAUCAUCGAGGGUCACGACUUUGUAAUCGACGGCCACGGCACGGGAGGAAUCGAUGGCAAUGGCCAAGCGUGGUAUGACUGGGCGGAGGGUGUCGGCAACAAACACGGUCGCCCCAUCGCAAUGACCCUCAAGGGCGUGAGGAACGGUGUCGUCAAUGGCUUCCAAAUUAUCCAGCCGCAGCUCUGGGCCCACCUUGUCUGGGAUUCUGCAAACAUCGUUUACGACAAGUGCUAUGUCAAUGCCACCAACUUCAACACCAAAGCUCUCACCUGGGCUCACUCUGGUCUCCAGAACACGGACGGAAUCAACACGUACCGCUCGCGGAAUGUCGCCGUCAGCCACUUUGUGUACCAAGGCGGCGACGACUGCAUCGCCCUCAAGCCCAACUCGACAGAAAUUGCCCUCAACGAUAUUCGCUGCCACGGCGGAGCGGGAAUUGCGUUUGGCUCCAUUGGGCAGUAUGCUGGCACGACGGAUAUCAUCAGAAAUGUGGCAAUGUCGAAUCUCCACCUGUCACCCUCGUCGCAGGACCAGCUCUACCAUGGUGUAUACUUUAAGAGCUGGGUCGGGGUCGAGGUUGGCAAGCCGCCCAACGGAGGAGGAGGCGGUGCGGGAUGGUGCAAGAACGUCUCCAUCUCACACGUUCAUGUCGACGACGCAAUCCACCCUAUCGCGCUGACUUCGAGCCUCACGUACCUUGAGGACGAGCACGGCAAGUACAAGGACACGAGUGUGUUCAAGUGGAGUCACAUCAACUUCACAGACUUCUCGGGCACUUCUCGAGGCAACAGGGUGGUGUGGAUGGACUGCUCAGCCGCCAUGCCCUGUCACAAGUUCAAUUUCACCCAUAUCAACAUCGUGCCAGGCAGGCAGGACAUCCCGGAUAUUGGGUAUGUCUGCAACAACGUCCACAAGGUCGUUGGUGACAUGCCGGACUGUCAUCCCUCGGACUCGGACGAAGAAACGGACGCGGGCGGCACGGUCUGA